AUGCGUGACGAAGACCUCUAUGAUGAGGCACAUACCAUGCAAGCGAUGUCGACAUACGACAAAACUCGGAUGAGUCCAUUUUCACUGGUGACGACGAAGAUACCACCUUCGUUUGAUGGAAAAACAUCCUGGCUUGCAAAUGAAGAUGCAAUUUAUGACUGGUGCGACAUAACUGACCUGGACGAUGAGAAGAGAGGGCCCUCAUUGCGUAACAAACUUGAAGGAGACGCCGCAAUCUACAAGAAGAUCCUGGACAGGGAUGCCUUGAAGAACAAGGAAGACGGCGUUCUGUACUUCAAGAGAAUGCUGCGGCCAUUCUUUGUGAAGGGCAAUGCGAAUGUCUUUCUAGACCGGUUUCAACAGUUUAUGAAUUUGCGCCGUGGUUCAUCUAAUCUUAUGAAAUGGAUGUCAAGAUUUCAAAUUCAAUUGAAACGCCUGGAAGAAGCAUGGGGUGAUACUUUGACACCCAUCAGUGAUCCAGCACAUGAUGAAGUUCGACAAUAUACACAAUCUUUGUUUACAGAGGGGCGACAGGCAAUGACGGCCGCCCAGAUCCUGACAGCUGUCAACGAAAGGAGAAGACAAGCCCACUUUGAGAAGGUGCCGCUGACGAAAAACUUGAUUGGACUCCUUUUUGUAUCACAUGCAGAGUUGAGCUUUGAUCAAAGGAUGUCGCUGACCAGCAUUAUGGCACAUCGUGGUAUAGAUCUGGUCGGAUUGGACGCCGGCACUCUGAGAGACAUGUUUAUCGAGAUGUUUUGCAAUUCCAGAACAGUAGUGGACAAUCCACUCCUUAACAAUACCGGCCACGGUGGCGCAAGGAGCUUCAUCGUGAUUGAUGAAGGUGAACUGGAUGGCUCCUUCGGUUUUUGGGCCGAAGAUGAGGAUGAUGGAGCAGAAGGCUUUCUGGAUGCGCAUGAAGACACUUUCCAUUUUACGAUGAACAAAACGAUUCAUGGUUCCAGCGUCGCUUUAAAGGCCGAAGAUCAAGAAAAGGCAAAGGGAAAGGACGCGGUGGAAAGAGCCGCGGCAGAGGCCGUGGGGUCCGGAGAUUCUUUAAAUCUCGCCGAAAGAAAAAGGGCCACUACCAGGAGGACCACAGUCAGUCUGACGACUGGUCGUGGCAGACUGAAGAGGCCUGGCGGUGGCAAGAUGGCUGGUCAAGUCAGCCAGACGCAGCAGACUCAUGGCGCAACCUUUGGAGGCCCGGUCAACACUGGGGAACCAGAUGUUGCGCCUGACGCCGACGCUGAUCAUCCUGAGAUUCCUCGUAGCGAUGAGCCUGAUGAUGCUGCGCAACUAGUCGAUAAUGAUGGUGGAGGUUCUGCAGAAGGAGGCUCACUCGACGGUGAGGUCUCACAGGAGAAGGAUUCGCUCUCGUAUUCCUC